UACUUUGUUUCUUAAGAUCUUGUUGCUUUGAAAAUUCAUGUGACUAUUUUCAUAUGGUACCAAUUUCAAAUAUAAUCUAAUAACUUCAUUUAUAUAUCUUACGUAAACUGAGGAAAUGUUGGUGAUUUAGUUCAUGAGUGCAAGAAGAAGCCGAGAAAAAUAGAGCUUGUGAGAGAUAAUUCUCUUAGAUUCAUAGAGUAAUAAACUAGAAAACUGAAAUGUACAAGGGAACUAACUAUUUAUACUACCAUAACAGUUAAACAGUUAUUUAUAUCAUCCAUUACAUAUUUGCAUCGCGUAAUCUUAACAUAUUUAUUUAUAACAAAUGAAAAUACUGCAACAUGACAGAGUAAGAAGAGUCCUCAGGAGUUUGCAGAGCAAAUUGUUGAAGAGGCACAUGUAUAUAAUGGCUUCAAUCUAGUUUGUGUUGAUAUUUGCAGCUUCAAUCUAGGCUGCUCAGAAAGGUAUAAUGAGUGUAUGGGACAAAGCUGAUAUCAUAAAGACCAAGCUUAGCUGGUAAGGAUGACCAGAGGGUAAAACGCAUGAACCUGAUUGCUCGUGCUGCUGAGUCAAUUGCUGAUGGGGAUCUAGUGAAUGUACAGAUUCGAAGAUAUCGACAGUGGCAGCUCUCUCAAACUAACUCUGUGGCCUCGUGUAUUAUUCCUGCUUCAUUGUUGCAUGGGCAGAGAGAAAUACUUGAACAGGUUUGACGGGUGGCUUGGAAAGAACUCAAUGACAGGCAAAAACCUUAGGCUUAUGGAAGAUCUGCAUGUCCACAUGCUUGCUUCACGUGAAUCUAGUUCAGGAAGGGAUACUAUCCGAUUGGAAUACCUUACCCUUCUCCUUAAACAAUUAACAGAACCGCUACAAUCUCUGCCCAAGGUUGGAAGCACAUCUGUUCUUGUAUCUUUAAACAAGUGA